AUGGCUGACGCACAAUUCGAUAGCGCACUCGACCUUCUUCGUCGUUUGAACCCGCGAGACACCAAGUCUAACCUGCAGGCCAUCACCUCAAUUGUCCCCGACCUGACCGAAGACCUCCUCUCCUCCGUUGACCAGCCCCUGGAGGUUCGCCGCUGCCCGCAGACCAGUCGCGACUACCUGCUCUGUGACUACAACCGCGACGGCGACAGCUAUAGAUCACCAUGGAGCAAUGAAUUCGACCCCCCGCUUGAGGAUGGCACAAUUCCCAGUGAGCGGGUGCGCAAGCUCGAGGUUGCGGCCAAUGAGGCCUUCGAUGUUUACCGUGAGCUCUACUACGAGGGGGGUGUCGGAAGCGUGUACUUCUGGGACUUGGACGAUGGAUUCGCUGGAGUAAUUCUGCUAAAAAAGGGUGUGACCCCCGGCUCCCAGAGCUCCGGUGAAUGGGACAGCAUCCACGUUUUCGAGGCCACCGACCGGGCACGCAUGUCCCACUACAAACUCACCAGCACGGUAAUUCUCCACCUUGCCAACGAGAGCGAUGCGCUAGGUGAGAUGGACCUGAGCGGUAACAUGACUCGCCAAGUGGAGGCCGAUUUGCCCGUCGAGUCCGACGCAAGCCAUAUUGCUAAUGUGGGCCGACUGGUUGAAGAUAUGGAAUUGAAGAUGCGUAAUCUGUUACAAGAGGUCUACUUUGGCAAGGCUAAGGACGUUGUUGGCGAGCUUCGCAGUCUGGCUCCGCUCUCAGAGACAAACCGGGACCGGGCGGCGCAGCUGGAGAUGAUCAAGUCGAUGCAGAAGUGA